AUGGCGAACCAGUCUGGAAUGAACGCCGUGGUCGGAUCCGCCAAUCUGACCCGUAUCCGUGGCAUAACUGGAGUACUCGUUCAGUCUGCAUCUUACUCGAGUGUACCGCGUCAAAUGAGCCAGAGCAUGACACUGAAAGAGGUCGGCAUUAUGGAUCCAUAUGUGCUUCCCGAGAAGGAGAACCGUCCAUCCUUGUUCAGCGACUACAAGAAGUGGGUCAAGUACGCAAAGCUCCGCAUGCGUAACACGGGAAUGACUGCUGCCAGUACUUUGGGUAUGUGCUGGAAGCUCAAGGACUUUGGGAUCACUGGUCGCUUCUUGGGCGAGUCAGAGCAGGCGUAUAUUGGAAUGAACGAGGCCUUUGCGAAGGGUGACCGCAACUAUUUGGAAGAGAUCUGCACACCCUCGAUGUACGCAAAGCUCAAGGGUCAACUCAAGGAUCGUACCGGCCGAUUUGAAUGGAGAUAUCAUGGGCCUAUCGAGAAGCCUCAGAUCGUGUCGAUCCGUCAGGGUCAGAUCGGUGGCCACGUUUUGAUCCAGAUCAUCGUCCGCUUGCACACCAACCAGAGCAUGGGUGUGUUUGACAAGAAGAACAAGCUGAUCGCUGGCGAUUUGAAAAAGACGGUUCCUGUACUGGAGUACCUUGUUUUCCAAAGAUACAUCAGCGAUCCUGAGGAUAACUGGAAGAUUCUCGGAAAGACAGCACCCGACUCAAGUUCAUAA